UCCUGUUUGGGUCGGAGCCGAAGCUCCCCGUCUUCUCCUCCAAGAGAAAGAGUUCGUUGAAAAUUUCGCACUAAUUCUGAUCACUUUAUCUCGCUGCCCCCCAUUUCUCGCCGAGCACAGCUUCACAGGAAUUUUCUUUUUUAAUCGUUUUUUGUUUCCUCUUCGGUCUCGAGAAGCCCUAACCCUAGCUCCAGGAAGCGCGGGAAACCCUAACCCCAAUUACUCCGAAAUCGACGGAAGAUCGCCAUUUGGGGGAAUACGAGUAGCUCCACUGCCUUGGACGGGUUUAACUACGGAAUCUGCUUCACGGAUCGCAGGGGAGAGUGUUUAACAGAAGGAAAACAGUCUGCGCAGCUGGGGUUCCACUCCUGUGGUGAUUUUUGCUGCUCGAUCAAGAAGCUGUCGAAGCUCUCAAUUCUCAUAGAUUUGGACAUGUUUCAAACCAAAGAGAAAAUAGAAUAGACAGCUCACAAUUGGCCAAUGUAAGCUAUUUCUUCUAUGUCUGGGAAUGAAAUUACUGGCAUCCACAACUUCUUUGAAGAAAACAGCAGUCAUCAAUCUCAGGUAGUAGGUUCUGGUCAUAUCGCUUCUAAUACCAAUCCAUGGAUUGGUGCCCAGGCGAUGAGUGGAGUGGUCCCAUCUUCUGAUACAGAUUCUAAUCAGGGAAAUGUUAGGCUACCUUUUCAGACGCCUUUUAGCAUAGGUUUAUCACAGUUCUCUCUGAAGCAACAUAUCAAUAGAAGCCAAAGUAAAAACCAACAGUUAAACUUAAAUGAGUUGAUGCAUGUUUCAAACGCUCUCCAGGGAAGGUCUGGCCUGGGUAAGUUUCAGCAGGACGGAGUGAUUCCUGAUAAUCUUAGUUUAAUGCAGAGAGGCUUACCUAAUUUUGGAUCUCAAGAGGGAAAUUCUCCUGGCUAUGGUUCUGGCUUUCCUGGAAGUUUGGAAAAACCAGAAGCAUCAACAUCCCCAGUUAGUUUUGACUUUCUUGGUGGCCAUCAGCAGCUUAGUGGUCAACAUCCUGGAAUUUCGCAGCCUCACCAAAUGCAGCAGCAAGGUUCUAAUGACAUGCAUUGGAAGCAGCACCUGAUUGCCAUGCAAAUGCAAGAGAUUCAACGGCAGCAACAUCUUCAGCAGCUACAUGUUGGAGCGAGGCAGCACAAUUCUUUUAACCAGAUGUAUGGAACAACAGGCCAAGGUGCUACUGAUGAAUUGCCUGGUAUGCUGAGUGGCUUGCCCAUUGCAAAUGCAGUCAAUUUCAUGCCAGGCGAGCUCCUGGGAUCUCAAUCAAAGCCGCCGAACAGUUCUCAAAUGUUUAUUCCUGGAAACAUUAACUGGACACAGCGCAACAUACCUUUGAUGCAAGGUAUUCCAAAUGGGCUUAUGUAUUCACAUGACCAGGUUCAGUCUAUGCAUUCAAUGGGAUUUGUUCCUCGCCAAUUAGAUCAAUCUUUGCAUGGAACUCCUGUUUCUGGUAGCACGGGAUCUCUGAACCAUUACUUCCAGUUACAAGGUAUGUCUAAUGAUAUCACCCCAGUUGACUUGAUGUCAAAAUUAGGUGACAACAAUGCAGAAAGGACAUCAGUGCAAUCAUCCGCACAGAAUGUCUUCCGCAAUGAUCAGCGUCCUAUUUCAAAUCAAUGUUACUCAGGUGCUAGUUUUGUUGCAGGAAGGCAGGGUGCUCAAGGAAGAACUCUGUUUGGUAAUGCUUUAGUCCAGAGUACGGACUGUGGUGCUGUUUCGGGAAGCAUUCAUCAAUCAAAUCACUUGGUAGAAAGCGUACAAGUUCAGGAAUUUCAAGACGGACAGGUACAAACGGAUUGGUUGGGUAAGUCUCAUGACAGCAUCACAUCACAUAUUGCCCCUUCUCAUGCCACUACUAGUCUGGAUCCAACUGAAGAAAAAAUCCUGUUUGGCGUUGAUGAUAAUGCCAAUUGGGAUGUUUCUCUUGGGGGGAGUAGCAAUAGAGUUGCAGGAACUUAUCUGAAUGGAUAUCCCAUGCAGAAUAAUGACUGCCUCAAUGUAUUUCCCUCACAUCAGAGUGGGACUUGGAGUGCUCUAGUGCAGGAGGCAUUAGAGGUUUCCAGCAGUGACACGGGCCAACUUGAGGAGUGGAGUGGACUGAGUCUUCAGAAGGCAGAACCACAAGCAGGAAAUCAUUUGGUUUUGUUGAGUGAUAAUGACAGGCAAAAUGCUGUAAGUGAUGCUGAAAACAACUUGCAUGAUGCACCGAGAUCGAAGCCUUUUUUGUCGAGUGAUAGUACUGCCAGACAAAGCUUCCAUUCUGCACGUAGUUCUCAGCAACCCAUCAAAUACUCGUAUGAACAAAAUGAAAGGUUAGAAACUGGUCAUUCUAUCCAAUCUGUUCAGCAAUUAUCAACAGAAACAAAUGAUGUACAGUUUGCACAAAAUUAUCAGCCAUACAAUUUCAUAGGGAAUAGUUUUCAAGAGAGACAACAACAUCUAAAUGCUCCUAAUGAUGUUUGGGUAGUCCAGGGGCACCAGCAAGCUAUGCAACACUUGGAUUCUGCAGAAACGGGAUCAAAUCCUCAGGGAAUGCAGCAUUCAUGGAUCCACCAACAGAAGAUGCCUUUUUACAAUAUGAAUAGCCAGUUCAGUAACAAACUAAGUAAUUGGGGCAUAGAAUCACCAUCUUCUAGUGGAAGUCGUAACUUUAAAAAUGAUGAUAAUGGUGACCCGAAUCAAUAUGCUCGAAGCAAUGACAUAAACACUGCAAUACAUAUCGAAAGGACUCAUGCUAGAAGCUUGGGAAAGGUUGGUGAAAGCAAAGAAGCUGUGUCCUUGAGCUCACUUGGAGGAUCGGAGUCAGUUAAAUCUGAAACUAAUAACCAAAAGAUCCCUGAUGAACAUUCCUAUGUUGCUAACCUUGCCGAUUUUAUGAAUCCCGGCGCAUUUAGAUCAAACAUAGCAACGAAUCAACAGCUGCUUAGUAGACAGAGAGUGCAUCCUAUUAAACAUGUUGCUGGCCAUCCGAUCAUAAAAGAUAAAGAAGCAGAUCAAGUUAAAGACCAGAAACCGCCGAGCACUUGUCCACAAGACUGGGAUGCAUCUCCAGGUUACAUUAACAAAACAUCUGGUGAAGCACAUGGCCGUGCAUUUAGUCAGUUGAGCACUGGUCAUGGCAUUGAUGAUGGACGAAAUGAGGGAGAUGAUUCUUUUUUAGAUCGAAAUGGUCAUUUGCGUUUAGUCAGCGGUGGCCAAAAGUUUACAGAUCAGUCUUUGGGCUCUCAGAGGUUUCAAUUUCAUCCCAUGGGAAAUCUUGAGAUUAACAUGGAAACAGCUAAUCAGGAAAGCCAUAAAUCACAUUCUCAUGCUCCUGCUCAUCCCACUGUUUGGGGAUUGAAUAAUCAAGAGAAAGAAAAUUUUAGAAACUCUCAGUUGAUUGGCCAUGUGGCUUCAACUAAUUCUGUUGAUAUGGGAAAGGAUUGCUAUAUUGAUCCCCAAAAAAAAUCAACUUUAGCAGAGUUGCCACAUACGGGAACAUUUUCUAGGAAUAAUCCAGCUAUACCAUCUUUCAGUGCAACGACGGCUCACUUCUUUCAAGAAAACAGAACCGGUCUUCAUAGUCAAAAUGCUCACAUGCUUUUUGACAAGUCGGAUCAAUCAGACGACUGUACUCGUGCUGCCAGACAGAACAAUCCUGAAAACGGCUCGUCUUCUGGUAUGCCCGAGGUAGUUGCUUCCGAUCGGCCAACAUCUCAUUUGCAACAUAUCCAAGCAAAUCACCUACAAGGCUCUGGUUUGAAAUUGACUCAUUCAUCUCAGAGGCAGUCCGUGGCUGGCAAUCCCUUGCUCAUGCAUACACCAGCUGAAGAUACACAUCAGGCAUGGUCAUCAUCCACCACUUCAGCUGUAGCUCUGCCAACCAUUCAUGAAACCAGUCAAUGCGAAAACUUGGAUUAUAAAACAGUCAUGUCUCAAGCCAGAAAUGAUGCCUUGUAUUCAUCUACUAAAGGGAACUCAUUGGGGAUGCUAAAUAGCAUAAGAAAUCAGCCUCUACUUCAGCAACAGAGCAUAUCUUACCCAUCUAGACAGGCACAGUUUGAGCAGUCCGUGAAUCAAUCAUUUGGUAACAAAGUGAAUGCUGAUGGCCAUCCCAAACAUCUUCAUCCUUCACAGGCACAGGACCAUCAUGAUAUAUCUCUAGCUAAUCAAACUUCUCAGGCAUUGUUUCCAGGUAUGCCUGGUAAAGUUCCUGCUGCUAGACUCGCUUCUUUUCCUGGCAAUGGUGCAGCUUUACCUUCACAUUUAUACUCUCAAGAAAGCGGAAAUUCUGAUAUGAUAAAUGCUAGCUCUGAUAGAAGAAAUGCAAGCCAACUUCUCCAAGUGACAGAAACUGUGCCCUCUAAUAAUCCUUCAGUUGCUUCAGUUACUUCGCAGCAAGGUCACUUUUCUAAAUUUUUCAGUAAUGCAUGGAGAAAUGCAGCCGCUCAGCGAACUUCUGGAUUACAGCCUCAGAAGCUCCCUUCUAAUUUACUUCAGUCCUUGAAUCCCUUACAGCCCCCACAUCAGGAUGAUCAACGUGCAAAUAAGGGAGUAAAUGCUUCAUCUGAGAUAGGCACUUGCUCUAUUAAUUCGCAGCAAUUUGCCUAUGGAGAAGAAAAUCCACUAAAAGGUGCAAAAUCAGAGCAAAAACAUUCAGUGGGUGUGGACGCACCUCCUAAAGUGGCCAGUGCAUCUGAGAUGCAGGAGCAAGAAUCCAAAAAUACCUCAAAUAAAGGUUCUGCUCUUUCUAUUUCUACUUCUGAUCUCUUGAUUAAGCAGGACGAGAAAAAGGGAAAGUAUGACAAUCAGAGGGAAAAAGUGACCUUUCCAACUAUUUUGCCGUCGAUGAGUGAACUUCAAACACAUAGUUACUCUUUGUUGCAGCAAAUGGAAGCCAUGAAGGGAACUGACUCUGCUUGCAGAGGAUCAGAUGCUGGUUCACAGCCCAGUGAUUUGAAAAUGCUAAGCUUUUCUUCCAGGGAGAUUGAAGAGAAAAGUGGCAAUGCAUCUAAUCACCUUAUUAGUGGAGAGCUGGCAUCUUGCAGGCCAACUUCCUUUCCCAGGCAGCAUGAUCUACAAAAUGGUUCUCUCAGUAGUUCUAUGCACAAUCUUACUGGGAUGAAUGAGCGCCACUUGAUUAAUCCUCAAAUGGCUCCAUUUUGGUUUGAUCAAUAUGGAAACUAUAAGGAUAUUCGGACUUCGGGAAUGUCUGACAGCCUUGGGAGUUCUCAGAGAAGCACCAAGGCUGUUGGUCAGCAUUACUUUUUCUCAAAAACAUCUGAGCAAAUGGAUAAUGAUGUCAUGAUGAAAAGGAGAGGUGAUAGUAUCUCGGAGAAUUCAUCACCUAGUGCUGUGGCUGCAGAUUUUCGUUCAUCUUCUCAUUUAAAAGUAAUGGUUACUGAUGAAAUUUUGGUUCCAUUAAGAAAGAAGCGGAAAAUUGCAGCAUCAGAUCUGCUUCCAUGGCACAAGGAGGUUACACGAACUUCACAAAGCUUGCAAAGUUUCAGCUUGGCUAAGAGGGAAUGGGCCCUGGCUACCAAUAGGCUGAUUGAGAAGAUUGAAGAUGAUACCGAAGCUAUGGAUGAUGUUUCAUCAAUUGGUCGACCUAAGAGGAGGCUCAUCUUUACAACUCAGCUGAUACAGCAACUCUUUUCUCCAGUACCUACCAAAUUUCUUUUUCAGGAUUCCAUGAUGUCCUAUGAGAAGGUGAUUUAUUACCUUGCUAAACUAACACUUGGAGAAGCAUGCAGCCUGAUCUCUGGAAGUGAUUCUGGAUUGCAAUUAGAAAGUAGGGACAUGAUAUCAGAAAAUAAUAAUACACUCAAGAAGAAGCGAGAAGAAUUUUUCUCAAAUAUUGUGGAUAAUUUCAUUGUGAGCUUGCGGAAGCUUCAGAGUAACUUUUUGAGGUUGGAAGGUGGCUCCUCAGUUGUUGAUUUUAGAAUGGAAUGUCAGGAUGUGGAGAGAGCUUCCAUCAUAAACCGGUUUGCAAAAUUCCAUGGCCGUGGUCCUUCAGAUGGGAUGGAGGGCUCCACCUCGGAAAUGGCUCCCCGUCGAUCAUUUCCACAGAGAAAUGUGACUGUUUUACCAAUGCCUAAAAAUCUGCCGGAUGGGGUGGUAUGCCUUUCACUCUGAAUUCAAGGCGUAAUUCUACUGUUGCAGUUUCAAUCACUCACCAGAUUUAGGCCUCCCCCUUUUGCUAUGCUGUAAUACCUUCCAAUAUAGUACAAGCAGAACAUGAGCCAAAAGCUGCUCGGGGAGUACUAAUUACAUCUUCUUCACUGGAGAAAAGCCUGAGGCAACCACGUGGGUUUGGAAGGACAGCUUUCAUCCUUCGGUGUCUUAAUAUCCUCUUUUUUGCCCCAGUACAGUUUCCUUCUGUAAAUUCUUGAAAUUCCAAAAAGAAAAAAAAUAGGGAUUCUAUGCUUCCUUAUCAUUUUUCACAAAAUGGAGAUGAGGGCUUUUAGCAUAUAUUCUUUUGUUUUUAUGAGAAAUGAUCGAGAUAUUCAGGUUGUAGCCUAAAGUGAACAGAUUCCCUAUGGUCCUUUUAGCAUCCGAUUCUGGUAACUAGUCAGGAAAUAUUAAUCAUGUUGUUCUAAAUAUUAAGAUGAUUCUCUUCUCCACUUACGGAGUUUUUGUUUUAAAAAGAUGUGCAGAUGUGUGCAGGCUGAAAGGGGGGUUUUCAAAUUCUAGGUUUUUU